CCGAAAUGGGCGACCAAGAUCAAUGAUGAUUCCAGCCAAAAACCAAACAAAAAUAAAAAAAUAAAAAAAUAAAUAAAAACCCAACCAACGACAUGGAAGCAACUCACCCAACCAACGACAUGGAAGCAACUCAACGCACAUGAAGGCAUGAGCUGAAGUGAACUCCCCAAUGUUCUGAAUGGAUCUGAGUGCUUUCAGGAGGCGAUUUCUGUCGCCACCGAAGCUCCCCACUUUACGAAGAUUCAGCACCAUCGGCAUCGGAGUCCCAGUCAAGAAAAUGGGGUUCACUAAAUCCAAGUUUGUCAAGAUCUUGUUGUCCUCUUGUUUUGUUGCUUUGCCUGUUUUAAUCACUCUCUCUGUGAUUCAUCGAACACCACCACCAACUGAUCGCACCCCAUGGUUCGCUAAAGCUACGGAUUUUCAAGUUGCUCCACUGAGAACAGGUUCAGAAGAUUAUUCCUCUCAACCUGUUGACAAAUUGCUCAAUGGACUUCUUGUCCCUGGGUUCGAUGAACAAUCUUGCUUAAGCAGGUACCAGUCUGCCUCAUAUCACAAAUAUUCAUCAUCCCAUGUUCCUUCUUCCUAUCUCCUUUCUCGGUUACGGAGAUAUGAGGAUCUCCAUAAACGUUGCGGACCCUACACCAAACUCUAUAACAAGACCGUGGAGCUACUCAAGUCUGGCCAAGCCUCGGGUCCCACAGAGUGCAGCUAUAUAGUCUGGGUAUCGUUUAGUGGCUUGGGGAACAGAAUACUAACUCUGGCUUCUGCAUUCCUUUACGCUCUCCUCACAAACCGAGUCUUACUCGUCGAUGGAGGAAACGACAUCGCCGAUCUCUUUUGUGAACCAUUUCCUGAGAAAUCAUGGCUUUUGCCAAAGGACUUCCCCGUUAUGAAUCAGUUCAAAAGCUUUGAUCAGAACUCUUCUCAUUGUUAUGGAAACUUGUUGAAAAAUAACAUCAUAAAUCAUUCAAAAGAGUCACUGCCAUCAUUUCUGUAUCUCCAUCUUGUUCAUGAUUAUGGCGAUCAUGAUAAGCUGUUCUUUUGCGACCAAGAACAAGCUCUUCUCGGAAAAGUUCCUUGGUUGAUUAUGAAAACUGAUAACUACUUCGUCCCUUCUCUCUUCUUGAUUCCAUCCUUCGAGCAAGAACUAGGCAAUUUAUUCCCCGAGAAAGGAAAUGUUUUCCAUCACUUGGGUCGGUAUCUUUUUCAUCCAACGAACGAAGUCUGGGGACUAAUCACGAGGUACUAUCAGGCUUACUUAGCAAAUGCAGACGAGCGAAUUGGGAUCCAAAUAAGAGUCUUCGACAUUGGAACCGAAACAUUUCCACACGUAAUGGAUCAAAUUUUAGCCUGUACUCUACAGAACAAAUUACUUCCACAAGUCAACGUUCAUGAACCCGUGAUAGCUCUGCCUAGAAACCAGAAAACAAAAGCAGUUUUAAUAACUUCUUUAUAUCCUGGGUACUCUGAGAAUUUGAGAAAGAUGUAUUGGGAACACCCGACCGUUACUGGGGAAGUGAUCAGAAUUUACCAACCGAGUCAUGAAGAGCACCAACAGACUGAGAAGCAGAUGCACAACUUGAAGGCAUGGGCAGAGAUCUAUCUCCUUAGUUUGACUGAUUACUUGGUCACAAGUUCAUGGUCAACAUUUGGCUACGUGGCUCAGGGUUUGGCGGGUAUUAACCCUUUGAUUCUGUACAAGCCUGAGAAUCGGAUGGCUCCAGAUCCACCUUGUCGUUGGGGCAUGUCGAUGGAACCUUGUUUUCACGCUCCUCCAUUCUACGACUGCAAAGCAAAGAAAGGGGUUGAUACCGGUUCUGUUGUUCCUUACGUUAGGCAUUGCGAGGAUAUGAAAUGGGGUCUGAAGCUAGUUGAUGGGGUCAAUGAUGAUAUAUCAUGACUAUAUAUACAACUGUCUAUACAAUUUUGGAUGCAAGUAGAAAAUUGAUUCAGAGGAAUUCAACUUUUUACCUUAUAAUUGUUUGCAUAUUGUGUUGAUGUCUCUAAAUUUUCCGAAUUAGACUGGCGUAAACCAAAUUUAUUUGCAAAGUCUGAGAAUGUUACUAAUCUUUUCGUUGUGACACUAGAAGAUAUUAUGAAUAGUUGUGAUCCUUAUGUAAUUGUACCAGAAUUCAACAAGGGCUGAUCAUUAUUGUCAUUUUAUUAUAUAUUAUGGUUAGCAAGUACAAGGAAUUUGAACCCA